UUCCUUUCUUUCUUCUGUUCCCUAUAGCAGAAAAUCAGCCGCACCUUUAUCCUCCUUUCUUCUUCUUCUUUUUCUUUUCUCUUUUUCCAAGACCACACCAUUUCCAAGCCCUAGUGGAGUGGGAACUAUGCUUCUCUUCACACUCUCUCUCUAUCUGAGCUUUCUAUAUCUAUAUAGAGAUCUACAGGAUUAUUCCACUCCGGCGAUAUGAUUCAGGCGAAAACCUGAGUUUUCAUUUCAAAACAUUAUUUCCAAUCGGAUAGUUUUCCUUGGAUUUUGAUAUUCUUUCAUUAUUUCUGGUUAUUUUUUACUGGUGUCACGUGCUGCAUGAUCAUUGGUAAUGGCUUCGGCUUGCGUGAACAACAUCGGAGUUUCGCCGAAAACUUUUCUCGACUGCCCUCCGAUAUUCCCGGCAUAUGGCUGGUUGAGUCCUAGAAUUUCUUUCAGUCGUGAUUUCCCCGAAGAGGAUCCGAAUGCGAAGACGUCCUCAACAGCUGAACAACAAAAUUCUACGGAGAAACAAGAUCCUGAAGUUUACGGUAAGGAUUUCAAAGAUUUUGAGUUCAGGCUUGAAGAUCCGGUGACAAUGCUUCCGGCGGACGAGCUCUUCUCCGAUGGGAAGCUUGUGCCUCUGCAACUUACCACGGUUCAUCCUUCUGUUGAUUUGAAUGCGGCAACAUCGCCUUCGGAGGAGAUAAGGUCACCAGAGGAGAUGAAAUCGUGCUAGAGAACUGAGGUGUCCGGGAUAGAUCCGUACUUAUUCUCCCCUAAGGCGCCUAGAUGUUCGAGUAGAUGGAGAGAGCUUCUAGGGUUGAAGAAGCUGUAGAGCAAUCCCGCUAAGCAGGAUUUGAAGAAGUCUAAUUCAUCUUUAUCUUCGAAGGAUACUAACCCCAAGACAUUGAAGCAUUUCCUCCACAGGAACUCGAAAUCUUCUUCAGCGGGGGCAGAUUCUUCGUUGAGCCUUCUGUUGCUGAGGGAUUCUGAUUCGGAGUCCGUUUCGAUUUCUUGCCGCCUUUCUCUUUCUUCUUCAUCUUCUUCUGGCCUUGACCAUGAAGAUCUCCCGAGGCUUUCCCUUGAUUCGGAUAAACCGAAUCCGAGCCAAACAUUUUCUUUGGGCUAAAACCGAUUGGGUUUUGCUCAUUAUUUUUGAAUCAUAUGAUAAUCAUAGGGUUUCACUAAUUUCUAUUAAA